GUUGAAUGUGCAGAAUCUAAACAUUGUGAUCGGAGAAGUAGGAGUACUUGUCAACAAAACAUGAAAAAAUGUCAAAAUAAUAAUAUCAAUUCGAAAUCUCAAUACAUACAUUCGUCCAAAAAUGUCAGUACUAGUUUCAAAAAUAUUUCUAGUGUUCAAAAUUGCUCAUAUUCAGAAACGAAUUCACCUUUAAAUUAUCCUUUAACGAGCAACGAUCAUAUGAAACGAAGGUCUAUCAAAAACAACCAAAAAAGAAAAGAAGUCUGUUGCUACGACUAUAAAAAUCCCGAUUAUCAAAGUGAUUAUAGGACUACCGAAAUACUCGAUAAGUACAACAGAUCUUUCGAGUAUAUAGAUGAUGACUUGACAGAAUUAAAGAAACAGUGCAAAGCAAGUUUAGGGUACAAUUUAGCACCAAGGCUUUCCAUAAACUCGAGAAACGUGCGUAGCAUGACAAUAGGCAAGCCCGUAUCUUUCGAUAACGACAAUGACACAAACAAAUUGAUUACAGAUACCAAUCAGAACAACUGUUAUAGUAAAUGUGACAAUGCUUUGAAAGAUUUUCGUGCAAUGGAAAAAAAUAAUAGCCCUCCAAGAACAAGUACUCCGGAUCCUUUGCAAGCCAGUACUAUAAUUAAGGAAAGUGACGAUGAAACAAUAAUGGCGAAUGAUGUGGUUAUUGAUAUUUGUUACGGAUCUCAACUUAACUCUUUUAAUGAUUUUAAGGAAGAAACAAAACAAGAAACUAAUAAUAACGAACAAGAAGCAAAGAAAACUUGUCAGGCGGUGUCAUUGUGUUACAAAGACAAAUAUAAAGCCAGAAACACUGAAGUUGACGUAAAGCCUAUGUGUAGUUUCAACAAAGAAAUAGAACUCACGGAUUUUCAGUUAGCGCAAACUAAUCAGGAAGAUCUCCCAAAUGAAAUCGAAAUGUUUGAUGCUUUCCGAUACAAGGACAAAAAUCGUUCGUUCGAAGCCGAAAAUGGUUUUGAACUUGUCGAAGUUUCUUCUAAACAAAUGAACACAGAUUCAAAUCAAGUUGAUUUAAAAGAAAUUUCGUCUGAACAUCGUCAACAAGAGAAUAUAAGAGCCAGUAGAUGUUAAAGAAGUAAAUUUAGAUAAUAGUAAAGUAAUUUCUACCGAAACUGACCCAACU